AUGGACGGUGCACAGGUGGACUUAGGGAAUGCGGGGAUGGUCGCUCAAGCUUCUCGCGCUGCUUCGCCGACCGUCGACACUCACCCAAACACCGACUCGACUUCACCCAUCAUCGAGCACUACGCCGCCUUGCUUGGCGCCUUGCUGGAUUCUGUGCGAGGGAACAUGUCGUCGUACAAGGUGCCGGCACUGCAGGGGUCGCCGCUGGACGGUGCAAGCGACUGGCCAUCUCUUCGACUCUCUCUCCGAUCCGCCCUUGGCACGCCCAGCUCCGCCUUCGUCGCCGACGCAGCGUCAAUCUACACAGGGACUGCACAUCGACCGAAAGAGCGCGCGGCGCAGGUGAUUGCUGCGAUGGAGCGGAUUGGGCCGGCCAAGUUGGCUGAGGGAUGUAUCGAGCUCGAAAGGGAGGCCUUCGCUGGUGCAGGCGGUAAGGAGAAGUCAGCAGGGCGUCAAGCGUGGUACGGUGCUGCCGAGGCGAUCUCCUGGCUGUACGCCGUUCGGUCAGCGUUCCUCUGGGACGGCUCGUCCGACAUCAGUCCCGCUCAACCGACGAACCCUCUCCCGUCGAAAGCACCUGCUCCUCCAGCUCCCUUCGGCUUUCACUCUGCCCCUUCGGCUCCCAUCUCGACUGCGCCCGCACAACUACCGCCUUCCGCUCCUCUCGCCUUCGGUUUCGCGCCGCCUCCCGCGCCAGGAUCGAUCGCGAAGCAGCAGGAAGAGAAGAAGAUGCGCCUUGCCGCCUCCGUGGCGCAGCCGCACCCUGUGCCUGCCGCAGCGCCGUCGCGUCCUACUUUCUGGCCAACUCCAGCUGCCUCGACAUCGUCAGCUGCCGCACCAGCACUCCCAGCUUCAAACCCUUCUCCUCAGCCGUUCGCAUCGCAAGUUCCGGCUGCUCGACCCGCACCGUUCGCCCAAUCGUCGGCAGGUCCUUCUCAGUCAAAGGCGGCAGCCUUCGCGUCCGCCAUGUCUGCACUUUCGAGCGCCUCGCCCGCGUCGACUUCAGCAGCCGUUGCGCCCGCUCCAGCGCCUGCGGCAGCAGCCCCGCCCAUCGCCCCUGCUCCCGUCGCCCCAGCCGUCCCCGCCGUCCCUAUCGCCACCUCCUCUGCGCGAGAGAGUCCCGCUCCAGCACCCGGCUCAUCGCACAGCACUCCCGCCCCAAUCUUCGAGACUCCCCCCGUCCUCCCUACCGGUCCUCCCUCAGCUGGUUUCGCACCUCCUCCGCCUCCAUCCGCGCCUGGUUCGGCGUCGGGCGCGGCUGCAGUCGAUGUCAAGCCCAAGAUCCGGAAGCAGCGCGCUUCGACGGGCGGGAUUGGGACGAAGAAGGGGAAGGCGAAGGGUGACGAGGACGAUGACGGAUACAUGCCUGCUGGUGCGCGUAGGGCGGCCCCGAACGGCGGUCGAGCAGGGAGCGAGAGGCCGCAAAGGAAGAGGAGGGCGCCGCUUCGGUUGCAGGAUGAGGGGGAGGAGGUUGGCGGGGAAUACGAUUCGUGGGAGGAGGAAUGGGGGAGUUACCUGGAAAACGGCGCAGGAGAGGAAAAGAAGAAGCGGCGAAGGACUUUCAGCGGAUUCGACGACCCGUCGGACGAAGACGACGACUUUGACGAUGCGGAGCUGGACGUCGAGGAGCUUGACGAGCUCGGCAGCGAUUACGAGGAGCAGGUGGCGCGCAAGAAGGCGAAGAAGGCGAAGGGUGCGAACGGGGGAGCGGGCUCGGGCAGACCAGGGAGGAAGCGAGGAUCGCUUGCGGGAAGUGGGUUGACGGAGCAGGAGCAGGCCGAGGAGGACGAGCGCUUGUUGAACGACCCGGACCGCUUCAAGAUUGGUCAGGCGGUGAUGGCAAAGUUCCCGAACUACAACUUCUGGCCGUCGGUGGUCCUCGACCACCGCACUCCGCCUGCGAACACGCAGGGCAAGCGCACACCGGGCGCAUACCUCGUCAAAAGCGUGCCGACGGGCGGCGACCACCGCUGGGUCUCGCCAGACGACUCGUCAAUCGUUCCGCUCACGCCAACACAGCUCGACGACAUCAUCCUCGCGCGGUACAAGUCUGCGCCGCCAACGAGCUGGCAGAAGUGGAGGGGCGAGCUGGUCGAUGCCGCGCUGCUCAUCAAGGAUCCCGAGAAGCUCAAGGAGUGGCUCUCGCAACCGACACCGGCCGAGCUGUACCAACUCGAGCAGGCGGAGAAGAAGCGGGCGAAGCGCAUGUCGGCGUUCUACUAA